AAUAGGAGUAAAUAUUUAUAGGCAACAUGGCGAAAGAUAGACAGUAACACUGGCUGUGUGUCUGGUGACAUUUUCCCAUAACAGUUUUGGGAGGAUUUAUUAUGUUCAACAUAAUUUAACACGAGAUUUAAUUCAUUAUAUUCAACGUACGAUAAUGUGUGCAUUUAUUUAAAGGUGGUAAAAUAUCUUUGUAAAAGAAAAACUGGUAUGUGUUUGUCUAAUUUCUCUUAACAGUGGUAUUCUUUUUAUUAAAGAUAAAAUAUAAUUAUAAAGUCAUUUAGCCUGUCCUUUAUAUGUUACACUUUAAUAUGAUCAAAAAGGGUAAUUUGUGUUAAUAUCAAAAUUGUGUUUAAAGAACAUUAGUUACAUUAUUAACUGAUUUUAAGUCAUGGAUAUUAUCUUCGUUCAAAUCUGAUCACUAGAUUUCAAUUAUUAUUGCGUCUAAAAAGCUAAAUAAUUAUGCAUAAUUAUUUUUAAAAAAGGAAUUUUAAAGGCCAUUUGAAAAGAAAAAAACAACAAAAGAACAAAUGAUAUUUGAAUUGAUCAAAGAUGUUAUGUUAAAUUCCAAACCAAAAUUGUCAACUUGCAUACUUCUGACACUUCUCCUAACAACGCUCUAUGUUGAAACCUGUAGAGUUUGGUUUCUUUGACGCCUUAUUUCUCAAGUUAAAAUCUCUUUCUCUCCCUCUGUCUCUCUCUCUCUUUCUAUGAGCUCUCUUUUUGUCUCUGUUUCUAUCGAUGUCUCUCUCUUACUCUCUGGCUCUCUAUCUGGCUCUCUCUCUGUCUCUCUCUCUGUAUCUCUAUGUCCCUCUCUCAUUGUCUCUCUCUGUCUCUGUCCAACUAUCUCUCUCUCUCUCUCUCUCUCUCUCUCUCUCUGUCUCAAUCGCUCUAUCUUUUUCUCUCUCUAUCUUUUUCUCUCUCUAUCUUUUUCUCUUUCUCUCUCUCUCUCUCUCUCUCUCUCUCUCUCUCUCUCUCUCUGUGUGUGUGUAUGUCUCUGUCUUUUUAUCUUUGCCAUUUGUAUAUUUUCUCUCUCUCUCUCUCUCUCUCUCUCUCUCUCUCUCUCUCUCUCUCUCUCUCUCUCUCUCUCUCUCUCUCUCUCUCUCUUUCUCUCUCUCUCUCUUUCUCUCUCUCUCUCUUUCUCUCUCUCUCUCUCUCUCUCUCUCUCUCUCUCUCUCUCUCUCUCUGUGUGUGUGUAUGUCGAUGGCUGUUUAUCAUGGCCAGUUGUAUAUUUUAAAUUCUGAUUUCCCUUAACUUAUUAUCACUGAAAGUCCUUAACGUCUUCAUUAAAUCUAAAUUCCCACUCCAAGAAUGAUCCCCACUCAAUCCACUGUACAACACACACACACACUAUUGUGUUCCCACCUCCCCGACUCCCGAUCCUCAUUUUUUUAAGCCACAUACCAACGUCACCUCUGCCCCUCCCCCAACCCUAUUUAUAUUUCACACACAACUCAGAUAACCGUUCUUAUCUUAAAACACCCCCUCCCCCCACCCCCACCCCUUUCCCCCUAGCCUUCAGUCCGUUAGCUCCCAGUAUGUAUUCAUUGAGCCGAACUUUCUCUAAAUUUAAUAUUGGCCACUUCUUUUUGAACGAUCAAUCGAUAACCGAAAGCUGGUCGUAUAGCGUCAUGGAGUGGCACCCUAUUACAAUCGGUCUUUAAAGUCAAGCUUUCAAUGCUGGCGUGUUGCACGCAAAAAUUAAUACACUUGGACACACAUGCGCUACAUUCUUCGUUCAAGAAUGCUAGAUUUCUUUUCAUCUUCUUUUCGUUAACUUAAUUUUUUUUUUUUCUUACCAUCAGAGUGCAUUUUAUUUCUUUAUUCCUGACUGUUGUGUAUACGGCUUUAACAAACCAUUAUUACAUCUUUUGUUAAAAGUUUUUUUUCUCAUAAAUAACAAUUACCACGGAUGAAGAUGUAUUAGUAAUUAUAUUUUUUUAUUUUUUAGUUAAUUGUUUUAAUUUAUCCAUUCAAACCAGAUAAAAUCGUCCAUCGUUAGUCAAUAUUAAGCAUGUGUUCAGGCUGUGUCAUGAGUCAUUUUCAGCCCAUUUCGCGAUAUUCGGUUGGUAGAUAAUUUUUUUUUUUUUUUAACAAUUAAAAAAUGAAAAAAAAACAGAAUUUAACCACAUGCUAUUGCACUGGUGCCCCAACCCUCCCUUUUUCUUUUUAAACCCUUAAUUGUGAGACUCUUAGUGGCUUUUUGAAAAGCGAGUCACUGAAGCAAAGCCACACAUUACUGCUUUGAGUUUAUUUCUCAUUUACUUUUCUUUCUAUUCGGUUACUAUAAGUUAAACUCUGGGCAUCUACACUAUGGGGGAGGGGGGUAGAGGAAACAGCUGCUUUCAAUCCGAGUUUGGGGGGGGGGUGGGAUUAUAAAAUCCCCCCGACCUCCAGGGCCUGCUUUUGUAUUUCUCCGCGUAAAAUAAUUAACGUGGGAAAUAACAACAAAAAAAAAUGUAGAUAUCUUUACAUUUGAUUUUAAAUGGAGUAUAUAUCAACUGGUAUUUCUUUAAAGAGAAUAAGCUUGUUCUCAAUUUUGUAGCCUUGCCGUGAUUGUACUAGGAAUGGAACUCCAAUCCACAAUAUUGACAUGUACAUAUUUGUUAGCGCAGAGCCAUCCAGCAGCCCCAUCAAUGUUUGAAUUUUAAGAAUUAAAAUUGAAAAAAAAAAAAAAAUUAUGGGCUUGCUAAAUUUCAUACUAAGGGCAAUCUCUGGAUUUGAAAAUUGUAUUUUACUGAAAAAUGUUAAGAAUUGUUGAGCUAUCAGUGACAUUGUAACCGCAUUAACUUAGCAUUGUUGUGUUACUGUCCGUUCUAAUAAACUCUCCAAUCAAGUAUUUAUUCACAGAAUUAGCAAGGUUCGGUGAGGGGGCGGGGGGGGGGCCUCCAACCAUUGAGACAGUGGGGGGGGGGAUAGACGCUCCCGGAUAUUCAUGAUCUUUGAAUAUAGGCUAAAGACAUUUGGUUGUCCCAUUCUACAUACACGUAAAUGAUAUUUUGGAUCUCCUAAUUUUAAAUACACGGAAAUGAUGUUUUGCUUGUCCUAAUUCUAAAUACACGUAAAUGAUGUUUUGCUUGUCCUAAUUCUAAAUACACGUAAAUGAUGUUUUGGUUCUCCUAAUUCUAAAUACACGGAAAUGAUGUUUUGGUUGUCCCAUUCUAAAUACACAGAAAUGAUGUUUUGCUAGUCCUAAUUCUAAAACAAGGAAAUGAUGUUUUCGUAGCGCAUCUCCAGAUUCACGUUGUCGUCCUUUGGUAGUUAUCCGUGGCUAGGCCUUCACGUGUGCGUCCAUUCAGGCCCAAGAAGUUGUCUGCAGUUACCUACGAUAAACUUGUCAUGUAAGAAAUCGAAACAUAAAAUACAAAUGGCGGUUGAAACAAACAUAGUAUUGCUGUCAUACGCACAUCCUCCCUCACACGCACACACACACACACACUUAAAGACAAUAGAUUUAAUUCUAAAAUAUGUUCUAUACUUGUAUUCAUUAAUAAUUAAUUUAGAAAUUGUAAAUUAAUCAUUUUUUUUAUUUAUUUUUUUUUAAAUUUUAUUUUUUAGGACAGGAAAUAAUUUAUGAAUGUGAAAUAUAUUGUUGUAGUGAAAUGAAACAAUAAUUUUAAAGUUCAUGCAAGAGAUUUUAACGACAUCAGAAUGGGUAACUCUAAAACUCAAGUUAUCAAUGUAUUCAGCGGGUGACCUACAUUCUUAAGUUACAUAAACUUCAUGAGGAGUAGAGUGGAUUGAUCCAAAGACAGAAAUAAAAAGACUACAGCAGGCAUUUACGUUCAAGCCUAAAACAAAAAUAGAAGCAUCGCCACCAUGACGAGCCCCAGACUACCCUAUCCCGAGGUCAAAUCCAACAGACUUGGACUCCCUGACUCGUCCACACCAGCCAUGAGCAGCAGUCGGAUGGCAGACGGGUAUGUUUUCAGUUAGUCUGGACAUGUUCACAAUGGCAAUAUUACCCAAUUCCUUUAAUAAAUGCACGCUCCAAAGUGAUAUAAUUAGGUCUCAUAUUCAGGAUCAGGGGUCAACAUUUAUUAGGUCCCAUAUUCAGGAUCAGGGGUCAAGAUUUAUUAGGUCCCAUAUUCAGGAUCAGGGGUCAACAUUUAUUAGGUCCCAUAUUCAGGAUCAGGGGUCAAGAUUUAUUAGGUCUCAUGUUCAGGAUCAGGGGUCAAGAUUUAUUUUUAUUACGCAAAUAUUUUUAUGAUUAAAAAAUGAUUUAAAAUAGAUCCGUCUCCACUAUGGGUGUAUGUUAAUUUAUAUAACUAUCAUUGGAUGUAUGUUUAUUAAUAUGACUAACUGUGAGUCAUGUUCAUUUGUCUGACUUACUUCGACGUAUGUAUAUUUAUAUUACUAGCUUUGUGUAUAUGUUUAUUAAUGUAACUAGCUUUGCAUGGUUUCUGUGUAUGUUUAUUUGUCGGACCAAUUUCGGUGAAUAUAUUUUUUUUUGUAUAACUAGUUUUUGUGUAUGUAUGUUUGUAUAACUAACUAUGGUUGCAUGUUAAUUUAUCUUAUUAAAUGUGGGUACAUUUUAUGUAUAUUACUAACUAUGGGUGUAUUUUGACCUAUAUCACUAACUAUGGGUGCAUGUUAAUUUAUAUUACUAAGUAUGGUUGCAUGUUUAUGUACAUGACUAACUAUGGAUAUAUGUUUAUGUGUAUGACUAACUCUGGGUGUAUGUUGAUCGAUUGCAGCAUUGAACACAAAACCUUAGAGUUUGACGUUGACAUCCUCGAUGCCGUGUUCAACAGACCUGGUCGAUAUUUUGUCAAAAUGACAAUUCAGAGCUCCGCAACAAAGGACUACACCAAGGUACUAUACAGUUACCAAAUAGCGUUAAAUAGAUGUCUAACACACUUCUUCCUUUUCAAAUUCACACUAGAUAGCCAUGCAGGGAGGCGUAAUGUCAUCCUAUACUUAUUUGCAAGAAUAAGAUGACACUACAAAUAAAUGAUUUGCAAUUAAUUAGCCAUGCCGAGAAGUAAUGUAUCCGAGGGAGAAACAUCUAAAGAUGCUUCCUGCAAUUUAGAGUACAUUUAAAAAAAGACCAAAUAGUCUGACAGUGAGUUAAGGUCAAAUCCUUAGACUACUUUGGGGCUUAUUUCUACCGAACUCUAGGUGAACAAUUCCAGAUUCCUAAUUGCAUAAAAUCAUAGUGUUGUCAUCGCACAUCUCUGACUUCUAUCUCUUCGUUAGUUUCUCUACACGAUAAAUGCUCUGUACGUUUUUCCCUACCGUGUAUAUGUCUGAGUGGAUGUCACACAGUAACACAGCCGGGUGUUCAAGUCCCAGCAGAAUAUGUCUUAAAUCCAUCAGUGUAUACAGGUUCCGAGCUGCCUUGUUGUAUUCUCAAAGAAGAACUAUGGCGCGGGUGGUUUAAUCAUUCUUAAAAAGAUGGAGAAAUUUUGACGCUCUGAGAAAAACGACUGUUGCCAUCUCUUUGUUUUUGAAAAUGAAAACUAAGCACGAGAGUGGGCCUAGUGUUUGUUUACGGUACAAGCAAUUGUUAAAUAGAACCCAUGGUUGGUGGGUUUGAGCCCAUGGUGGGUGGGGUUGAACCCAUGGUGGGUGGGGUUGAGCCCAUGGUAGGUUCGGUUGAGCCCAUGGUUGGUUGGGUUGAGCCCAUGGUAGGUGGGGUUGAGCCCAUGGUUGGUUGGGUUAAGCCCAUGGUUGGUUGGGUUGAGCCCAUGAUUGGUUGGGUUGAGCCCAUGGUUGGUUGGGUUGUGCCCAUGGUCGGUGGGGUUGAGCCCAUGGUUGGUUGGGUUGAGCCCAUGGUGGGUGGGGUUGAGCCCAUGCUUGGUGGGGUUGAGCCCAUGGUUGGUUGGGUUGUGCCCAUGGUUGGUGGGGUUGAGCCCAUGAUUGGUUGGAUUGAGCCCAUGGUGGGUGGGGUUGAUCCCAUGGUUGGUGGGGUUGAGCCUAUGGUGGGUUUGGGUUGAGCCCAUGGUUGGUGGGGUUGAGCCCAUGAUUUCUGAGGUUGAGCUCAUGGUUGGUAGGGUUGAGCCCAUGGUUGGUGGGGUUGAGCCCAUGGUUGGUGGGGUUGAGCCUAUGAUGGGUGAGGUUGAGCCCAUGGUUUUGGGGUUGAGCCCAUGAUUGGUUGGGUUGAGCUCAUGCUGGGUGGGGUUUUUCUCGCUUUUAAAAAUUGUUUGUUUUUCGUUUUUUUGUUUUUUAAAUAUGUUUUAUUCUUCUAGAGUGGGAGAUAACAAUUUUUAUACAAACGGCUCAUUUCAUUGAAGGGGUUUCUAUUGAAUGUCUCCAUUGUUAUUAUCAUGAAAGAUUCUACUCAAAAAAUGGCCGGAUGAAACGUUGAGCAAAGACUACGAGGCUGUGACGAGUGUCGUCAAUCAGAAGGGACAGGAAAACGAGCCAGAAAUUUCCAUGUUUGACGACAAGAAGUUUACGUUUAGACUUCCAGCAGGUGCUGUAGUUACACAUUUAUGUCAUAGAUAUUUAAACUUUAUGUAUGCCCAUUAUUAAUCCUGUGUACUUUAGAAAACACUAACACACAAGGAACUUAUUGAUUAUAGAGACAUAUGUAAAUUAUUAUUAGGCAGAACUGUUAAAUGCUGAGUUUUUUUAAACGAAAAUGUUGCCCAAAUUACGUUGUCCUUAUGCAUACAUGAACAGUUUUAUCAAAAUCUAAAACACAUCCUAACUAAUCAACUGAAUUACAUUCCAGGAUUUUGCAAGAACGACAGAAACCACGAUGUGUACCUGUUGUUCGAGGCGUUUAACCUGCCCACCAACAGUCACGAUAUGGGCAAGAAGGUGGGAGAGGGCAAGGUCGCCAUCUACCCGCGAACCAACGCGCCCAGGACGAACCAUUCCGUGAACCCCGGAGAGGACAUGUAUAGGUGAAAAUCGUUUUGGUCUUGAAAGUCAUAUGCCAGUCCUUUUCCGACGUCAUAAAUAGAUUUUAAAAUCUUAUAUAUUUUUUUUUACAAAUAUUUGACACUUCGGUUGUUUAUAGCCUGAUAUUUUAAAACCUCAAGUAACCUUAAAACAAUACAUCAAUAAUAUCAAAUUUUCAACAAACUUAUAAAUGUAUUUCUUUCAAAUCACAGUAAAAGGUCGAUGCAGUCUUUAUGUAUUGUACAUUAUAAAAUACUACAAAGAUUGUGUUUCUCUGAAUUUGAUGUUUUGCUAUUUGAGUCCAUCAUUAAUUGAUAUUUUUUAUAUUAUUUGAAGUCAUCUCUCGAGUUAUCUUCUGAGCAGUUUCUAUGUUACCUUGGUUUGCAUGAAGAAACUAAAACUCCCCAGCUGAAUCAUAAGACAUGUCAUCAUUUUAUUCCUCUAGACACACACAAGUAGUCUCUCUGCUGCGAACAUCGUCAAAGCAAGGGAAGGCAGAGAUGCACUGCGGGAGAAUGAGGUGCAGCUUCGCACUGAAAGAGUACGACAGUGAGGCGGAAAGAAAGAAGAAGAGAGAAGAAGAGCAGCGUAAGCGAGAUGAGGAGGAGGCUUCUCGGAGAGAGGAUGAGGAGAGGCGAAGACAAGAGGAAGAGAGAAGGAGAAAGAAAGAAGAGGAGGAGAGAAAAUUAAGAGAGGAGGAGGAGAGAAAGCGCCGAGAGAAAGAAAAGCAAAAAGAACCCGAGCCUAAAAUGGACGAAUUAGUAAAUCCGUUCCAGGUAAAUGUCAAGGUCACUUAAGUUUAACUUCAAACCCGUUCCAGGUAAAUGUCCAGUCUACUUUUAGUUUAGCUUGAAAUCAAUUCAGUUUAGCUUGUCUUGAAUUACCUUUAAAAUUGGUUAUUUUUUUUUUUUUUAAAUUUUCCCAUGAGUUGCCUUGUCAUGUUCCUCGUCUGUUUGAAGGGUUUACUCUUUACGUUGCCAGGCAUUAAAUAAUGCAAUAAAUGUAUCCGCAAGAGCUACUGGAAAUUCCUUUGCUCCGCUUGAACUACACAUUUAAUCUUUAGGUUUAAAUCAGCAUUUUUGGCAGGUCACGUGAUGCCCAUGCUUUGCCAACGUAAACCCAAUACAGCACCGUGGAGACCAAUCAAAAUUUGAAUAGUGAACAUUAGUACAAGCUUUGGCUAAUGGCCCCGACUGAAGUUUCUUACUUCAUAAACAGGCCACACACAAAAAUGCGCCUUCACCUUGUGUUAAAUGGCAAGCUUUAAAGAUCUAGAUGUUAUGAAUUUGGUGUUGGGGUUCACAACGAUCCCGCUCCGAGGCCCUGGCCAAGUCUUAAAACAGUUGUGUCAAACAGCAGUGAACUAUAGCCUCGAGUGUUAACAGAAUAAUGCCCUGGUGGGUAAUUUUGUUCUACGGGCGGCCUUUCAAUUACCUUCAAAACUUAUCUCCUAGAUACCAUAGAAAAUAUAAUAAUAAUAAAUCGACGCGUAAAAGCCAUGUGUCGGUCUGAUAGUCCUACAACAACAAUAAAAAAAAAAACAAUUAAUGAAUAACCGAAUAUUUUAUUUUUUUUUUAAAUUAUGUCCUUUUUAAAAACCGAAAUAAUUUUUCUUUCUAAAUUUUCUUCAUUUAUUUUGCUUUAAUUGACUUUUAAAGCGGAAAUAAUCAAAUUAUUAUUAUUCUUUGUUAUUAAAGAGGCAGUAAUUUAAAAUUGUAUACACUGGUAUCUAUUUUUAUAGAUUUUAUUUUACAAAAAAAAAAAAAAGAAACACAGUUUCAAACGAAUUUAUAUUUUACUGAAUCAUCUUCUUUGUUUGAUGUCUGUGCUCGCUAUGAGGGAUCAUCCGUAGAGAAAAAAUGGCAAUAUUAACUGUUCUAAGUUAAAGGCACGGUUCAUGUAUUGAGUAUAUUUAUUUUUAGACGCGUCCUAAGGUUCCGAGAACCCCUGGCCCACACGAUAAACGACCCCAGAAGCCUACAGCUCCAGUCAGGGCGCACUCACCUAUCAGCGAAUGGGGAGACGUGAAUCUUCCCGUCAGCCCAUCUCCUUCACCACCCCCUGCGGAUCUGAGAAAAGUAAGUUUAUACAACACAGGGAAUGCGUCUAAGAAAGGUAAGUUUAUACAACAUGAGGAAGUGUAGCUAGUCCUCGUUCACUUCUUUAAAACUUUACAAUGUAAAUUAUAUACUUUUAAACACUUAGACUAAGUACUUAUAAGAAAAAGAAAAGGAAGAUCUUACAUGUCACCAAAGGGUUUAGGAUUUUCCUUAUAAAAAUUAUAAUUGUAAAUAAUUGUGUCUAUGUCUUAUUAGAUUAGUUAUCUUUAAAUGUAGUCAAAUAUUUGCUGUGACGUCACUAAAGGGGUGUGAACGGUGUAGACCAAAAUGGCGGUCUAUUUUAAAUUUAUUAUAACAUUUAUUGGGCUCUUGAACACUGUCGGCAUUGCGUGGGACCAAACCUAGUGAAUUCACCAACUGUGUAGCAUUGGGUGAGACCAAACCUAGUGAAUUCACCACCUGUGUAGCAUGGGGGGAGACCACGCCCAGUGAAGCCACCAGCUGUGUAGCAAAGAGCAGUGAUUGCAUAUCACUUUGUCCUUAGUUUUCACGCAGACAAUAAAUUCACGUCUGAGAAACUACGGUUGCAUUUCACUUUGCCCUUUGUUGUUCACGCAGACAAUAGAUUCACCUCUGAGAGACUACGACAAAACAACGUACAGCGCCAAUCAAACAUGGCGGCAUACGUCACGGCCUGGCCACGAGCAAGUCGACGUCAUAGUCCACGGAGCGAGCAACCUGCCGUCAGCGCCAGGAGGGAAGACACCCCAGCCAUUUGCUACUGUGUAAGUUCUCAAUGUUUACUUGUGUAUAAAAUGGCCGUUCAGGGCUAAAAUUAACUUAGCGACACUCGUGACGCUCCAUUAAAUCUCUGUUUUGAUUGGACGGCAAGAAACAGUUUCAUCCUCCAUUUAUUUGAACAUCAUUUUUAUUGUUGCUAAACAAACUGGAAACACAAUUUAUCUAUGACUUUUCAAGAAUGCUAUAUUUUCGUAAAAAAAAAAAAGAAUUUGAUUUACAAAACGUUAAAAUUCCUGGUUAAAAAAAAAUAGUAUACUAAAUUGUAAUAUUUCAGUUUAAGCCGUUCCAAUAGAUGUCUACUGGAACUUAACAACGUUUCUAGCAUGUGUCUAACAAGUAAGGUUGCAUGUGUCUUAGGAAAACUCGCAAAGAUGUGGAGACGAAUCACAAGGCAAGGUCAAGGACACACGCCGUGGUACGUCCGACGAAUACGCCCUCUUGGGAAGAGUUGGUCACCAUGGAGGUCACGGACAAGGAAGCCGAAAGGGAAGGUGCGACUUCUAGAAAUUAGCCAGUUUUGAAACUUAGCACUUGUGCCAAAUAACCAUUGACAAUAGGGGCAGUAUUGCCUUAUGAUCAUUUUUUGUUUGUUUCCGUGCGAUAUAGUUGGGUUAAUGUAUGCCCUAUCGGGCACCAGUACACCAUACGUCAUUUGCUGUUAUAGUAUAAUAAAAUAUUAACUCAAUCUUGUCAUCUGCUUAACAACAAAUUUUCUUCUCAAUCGCACAUUCUUUUCAUGCCCCCACGUCGCAUGACCAGUCACUCCAGUUAUCAAACCAAAUUCCACACAUUUAAGUUUAGACAUUCAUAAAAACAUCUCAUGACGACGUCCCGUCAGACAACAUGACACCAGCACACAGGACGGUAAGGUCGCUAAGUUCAAAUAUAUUCACACGACAACAAUGCUUUCAUUCAAACUGUCACUCUCACUGCCACAAACUGUCACUCUCACUGCCACAAACUGUCACUCUCACUGCCACAUACACUACUGCUUUCGAUUUAUUUCUCUGCAACGUCUCAUUACCAUUAUCCCAUCUUGAGAGGAGAAUCGGUCUAUCAAUAUUUCCUUUUGUUUCUCAAUAUCAAGAAGUACAUGGUUAUAGAUUGCUUCAAAUGUAACUCUCUUCCAGCCAUGAUUCUGUCCGCCAAUGACGCCAUAUCCAGAUUAGAACUGGUCAAGUACUCCAUCCCCAUAUCUCAUCUACAACCUUUUCACCAGUACCACGUAGAGAUUGUCUUGGUGAGUUGCACAUUAAAAAAAAUGUUAAGCUCGAAUCGGAGUCACCGAAGCCUAAAAUAAAUUAAUAGGAACAUAAGUCACGUGACACAUCUUUUAUGUUGUUUUUCUCGUCAUUUCAUAAAUGUACUAAUGUACUAAGAUUUUUUUAAAGGAAUUCUGUAAUGAAAGAAGACACUUACUAUUAAUACGACAAUGUUUUGGCGUCUGCCUAUACUCAUUUGUCUCCUGUCCAACCUUGCGCUGUCAUUAUAAAGUUAAUAUUUCAAGUAAACAAUUUAUUAAGUAAUCACUGUUUGCCACUUCAAUGUACUACAGCCCGCCAGGUCAGGCCAGGAAGGGGUUAAGAUGUACGCGUCGAUCAUGAGAAAAGUAAGCUCACUGCCAAAAGACCCGUCUUCUCCGAACUACCUGGCGCUUGAGGUAAGCAGUCUGAUUAGCAGCUUCAUUUGGGGUAUUUACCUGCUCACAUGAUCACCAACAGCUUAAAGUCAAAUAUAAUCAACCGUUUCAAUGAAACAGAAAUCCGCUAACGUAAUCACCAAUUGAAGACGUACAAUCGUAAACUAGGCACAUCAUCUUCAACUGUUGUCACGUGACAUUUAAGCCAUUUCAUUGUUGCUCUUGACCAGGUAUUUUUACGAGGUGUCAAGCUCCCCCUACAGAACCCUGUUGGUCCACUGAUAGCAGUGGCCCGUAUCGUCCCCGACUACUACAAUUACAAGUUGGUUGUGUUUUUACUUCCAUAACAAGAUAAUAUGUCAUUAAUUAAUAUUACCCAAUGAUCCCAAGUGUCAUAACUCGUAUGUAUUGAAUAAAGUAACACAAUGCCAUAUGAAGCUAAACAAUCUUUUAAAAUUAUAUGUUCAACUUUUUUGUGAAUACAUUAUAAUUAUUUUUUUUUUUACAUCUUGAAAUGUUUUUCGUUCAAAUUAUUUGUUAAUGUAUUUAUUAACUGUCUAUCCCCUUGACUAGGAGUGACAACCUCUUGACUCAGCCCAGGGCAGCUGGGGUGACCAUGUCCAGCAUAACUUUUCCCAACCCUCACCCUAGUGCCUUCACAGUCGUAGCUCGGUCUUCCCACGGUUAUCCACAGGUGAGUCAUUUGAAUAUUAUUGUACAAUAUGUUUCAGUAUUUUAUAAUAGUGUGUCCGGUUUUGAAUAAUUUUAAAAAAUAAAAUAAGGAAACAAAAACUCUAAAAAUAAAUUGCCGUUCUUGAAAAACACAUCUAUUCAAGGAAAUAGUGGAAGAAGAAAUGUCUGGGUUUGAAACGGAAGUAUGCCUCAGUCAUCAGACAAUCACACAAAAUAAUAAACAACAAAUAAUUAGAAAUCAAAACUAUUUUAACAAACGUAUGUGUCGUUCGACGUAAUAAAAAAUGAUAUUAUAAAUAGAAAUAAAUGUUAUGUCCACAUUCGUAUAUUCACUUAAUAUGGUAAUAAACAUGGAUAGUUUGUGAAUCACAUAACUGAACUGAGGAGUUAGUGACACAAAAAUUGAUAAUUAUUUCAUGGAUAUUACUUUAAUAAGUUAAAGUUCAUUUUAACAAAUUUUUGCAACAAAAAUAAGCAGUGAUUUCUUUGACAGCUAAGCCUUUUAGGACGCCCAGAGGAACAGCCCAAGUGGAACCAUCCGUACCUGUUUUGUGAUGAGAAAGACAAGGCCACCAUGUUCACGCCAACAGCUGCCUUAGUUAUAGAAUACUACGUGGCCAAUACGGGUAAGGCCUGAAAUAUGCUCUGUUUAUAGAGUAAACCCAUCCAAACAUAGAACAAUGAUAUUGGGGGAUUAAUAAUAGAUGAAGUAUGUGUAUGUCGGUGCUUAUGUCUAGUUUCAGGUGACGGACUAUACGACACGGCCAUUCCUUUGAUAAAGUAAAACGUAAUGACCUACGUGGGAUGCAGGUCGUUACGUUUCUAAAAGCGAUGUGUCUACCUUGAGACAUCAAAUAAAUCAUGUGUAACUCUCCAUUUCAACACAAAGAUGAGCUUUUAUCCAUGUCCUCCAUCGUUCCAUUUAAGCAACAAUAAUUGAGGUCUAUUAUUUCAAUUAUUUCAUGCCACAUAGCUGUAUAUCAGAUCCCUGUGGUGCCACAUGGAUGAUGCAUAUAAGAUCCUGUGGUGCAACAUGGUUGAUGUAUAUCAGACCCCUGUAGCGCCACAUGGAUGAUGAAUAUCAGAUCCCUGAAACACCACAUGGAUGAUGUAUAUCAGACCCCUGUAGAGCCACAUGGAUGAUGUAUAUCAGACCCCUGUAGAGCCACAUGGAUAAGAUCACACAUACGCUUAGUCUUUCGUUCAAAAGUGCUUUAUAAAAUAUUAUUGAAGUUUAACUAACAAUUUGGAUUCCUAAAUGCUGCACAAUUCUCUUGAUAUUUCAUUACUGCUAAAGAGUUGUUUAGUAGUUUAACAGGGGCAAUAACUAAUUAUCUUCUAGCUAUGACUGAUGAGUUCUGGAAGAUUCGAAGUCCCGUGGGAUUCUCAUCACUUUUGUUGGAUCAAAAGGUCUACCAGCAGCUGAGUCAGGAGAAAGCGAAGAUGGGGAUGAGGGUGGAAGGGGUGCCCAUCAUGGUGAGUACACUUUUGGAAUAAUUAGUAAUGAUGAUUGUUGAAUGUUAUAACAGUAAGUUAUAACUUAGUUUCUUUUUUUUAAAUUGAGCGAGUUCCAAAAUUGGUGAGUAGAAUGUAGCGAUAAUGUUUGCAUUGAUGAUUAGAUCAAUUAAGUUAAUACAAUUUAUUCACCAAUUGCGUGACUGUUUUGAAUUGAUUAACUCUGUCUUAUGUGCAGGGUUCAGAACUCCGCAUGACAGAUGGGAGAGCACCACUGGUCGGAAUGGUGUUGAAACUCAUUACAACAUAUGUAAGUUGUCGGACUUUGGAAAAUUAGGCCCACCUCUAAUGCUACAUAAUAAAAUAGGAUUUGUGUUAGUUAACGCUAGUUGUAUGUUGAAAACAAACUCAAUUGACAUUAAAAAAAUAUAGUUAACAAAAUGUUCAUUCCAAUGUUUAAAAAGAAACAAUUUAUAAUACCUAAAAUGUCAUCUUUUCCACAGCAACCAGACUCAAUGGUGACGAUGAGUAACUUAGAGAACCUGCCGGCCAUGGAACUUCGAGAAGGGGCGGGCACUGCCCCACACACAGCUGACGUGCUACAGGUCCGCACACCAUCACCAGAGCCUCAACGGAAGGAAGAGCCUCAGGAGGAGGAGGAGGAGGAGAUUAUUGCCCCUGGAAUGUAUCUUCAGAGAGUGGACAAGGAUCGUGUGGUGAGUUGUGUAUAGAUCAAAUUAGGACAUACCUCACAAAUAUACAGUUAAUAUUAAAAUUUCUUUUUUAAAUAUCGCUUUCGGACAUAAUCUCCGUGUAUCACUAUAAAUACAGGCUGAAAAGGUAGGCUCGAGUUGAAGAAGCUUAACAAUAAGCUGAAACUGAUAAGACUUGAAGUAUAGCUUGUAACAUCCAGACAGGUGCUACUAUGAAUGGAACAUCUUCUCCACCUUGAUCUCAAGCCCACCAGAGUUAUCCGGCUCGAUGAUCUCAGCUUCACAUCCCUCAGCUUAAAUCUUCCCAAUUACACCAUAUUUCCUAACCUAGAUAUGCCCAAAUCAAAAGUUCCCAGAUGUUCCUGAAAAAAUCCCCACCUUUUAAAGGUGGGGAUUUUUUCAGGAACAUCUGGGAACUUUUGAUUUGGGCAUAUCUAGGUUAGGAAAUAUGGUGUAAUUGGGAAGAUUUAAGCUGAGGGAUGUGAAGCUGAGAUCAUCGAGCCGGAUAACUCUGGUGGGCUUGAGAUCAUUGGGUCUGGCAACUCUGGUAGGCUUGAGAUCAUCGGGUCUGUUAACUCUAGUGGGCUUGAGAUCAUUGAACCUGGCAACUAUGGGGGGCUUGAGAUCAUCGAGCCCGGAAACUCUGGUGGUGGAGUUGAGAAAGUCUGGUCUGGUAACUCUGGUGGAGUUGAGAUCAUCGGGCCUGGUGACUCUGGUGGGCUUUUGAUAAUCAAGCUUGGUAACCAUGUUCGGCUUGAGAUCAUCGAGCCUGGUAACUCUGGUGGGCUCGAGAUCAUCGGACCUAGGGGUGUUCCAUUAAUUUGAAAUGCAUUGAUGCCAUAAAAAUUGUCUUUCGCUUAUAAAACAGUAGUUAAUUUUAACUAAAAUAUUAUCAUUUCAAAACAUUAAAUUUAAAAUUUACAAGUUCUGCAUGACAGCAAUUUUUGUUCUAAAUGUAAACUUAAAUUCGUUUAAUCAUCUAGUUAGAACUGAAUAUAAUAAUUAAAGUGAAUACCUGCAAAGGAAAAGGCCAUGCCCAUUAUUAUAAUUACAGCAAUUGUCACGUCUGGAGAUGAAAUGUUCAAAUAAACACACUGAGCAAUGCAACUUUAGCUUUGAAAACAAUAUAUACAAAGUUUAUUUUGAACGCGAUUAAGUUGUUUUCUUCUUUCUACGGUUUAAAUGGUUUAAUUAAAAAGUAUGUGUUAUGAAAACACUGAAAUACGGGUUUUCUCUAGGUUUCCCAAAUCAUAAGGAUAAGUUAAGCCAGGGGUGGGCUACAUUGACAAUUUUAAAGCUGUUAGGGGCCGCAUGUAUAUUAUGUAAAAUUUGUACAUGCUGAUCAACAUUUCUCUAUAUUAAAAUCGGUAAAUUCGCAUUUUAGCAUUACAUGACAAAAGUAAAUGACUGUUUAAUAAAAAAAGUUAAAAAUUAGAAAGAAAUUUGAUUAAAAAUGUUAAAACAAUAAAAACGGUACAUGCAAUGCUGUAAAAUUAAACAAAAAUAAUUAAAAACAAAUGAUUCUAAAUGCCUUCAAGUGCCGCAUAAUAUCAGUUGCCGAGCCGCAUGGGGUCCGCGUUUGCCUACCCUUGUGUUAAGCCAAAACCCCAUUUUCUAGGAUGGCUUUUUGAAUUCAAUUUAAAAUGAUAUGAUGCAAAUGUAAUCAAAACAUAGUAUUUGUCACUUCAGUGUAAGAGUAAGACACACCUACAGUGUAAGACACACCUGCAGAGUAAGACACACCUGCAGAGUAAGACACACCUACAGUGUAAGACACACCUACAAAGUAAGACACAAAUACAGUGUAAGAAACACCUACAGUGUAAGACACGCCUGCAAAGUAAGACACACAUCUAGAGUAAGACACACCUACAGUGUAACACACCUACAUUGUAAGUCACACCUCCAGAGUAAGACACACCUACAGUGUAAGACACACCUACAGAGUAAGACACACCUCCAGAGUAAGACACACCUACAGUGUAAGACACACCUACAGUGUAAGACACACCUACAGGGAGUUUUUUUUUUCCGUUACACUUCAAUCGCUCAAAAGCUAAUGUUAAAUCAAAAUCGACGAACAAAAACAAUAAUAAUACAUUGAGAAAAACAGUUACUACUUCUAUCCAUUUAUAGCAGCAACCUCAUCACUGAUUAAAAGUCGUUUGAUACAAUAUUGACUCAUACUUAAAAUCUUGUGAAAUCAUAUAACUGUCCUUCCUACAACAGGAUUGGUUGUUUAUUCACAUACCAUGAAACGGACAAAGAAAUCGUUAAUCGUAUCAAUCUUAAAAGCCUUUAUGCAAACUCUAUAAAUAAACGGUUCCUCGCUACGUUCAGUCCUGCAGUUGGUAGUGUUGGUUGAAAUACAUUUUGACUUGUAUUCAUUGCUGACAUGCUCGGCGGCUAUACGGGCGCCGUCCUUUUAACCCACCCGGAACUGCCGAGCUAUUUUUAUAAGUUUUUUUUUUUUUCAUUAGUUUUUUUUUUUUUUUUUUUUUUUUUUUUUUUUUUUUUGAAGAUUUUAAAAAAAAAAAAAAUUUUUUUUUUUUUUUUUUUUUUUUUUUUUUGUUUUUUUUUUUUUUUUUUUUUUUUUUUACUUUACUUUUUGUGAAAGAGUUAAAACAAGAAACAAAUAGAUCAUUGCUCCAUAACUUGUAGAUGGUUGCACCAACUUAUGGACGUCUUCAAACAUCCUCCACUGCCUGUGUCAACAUGAUCCUCUCUGUAUAAAAACAUCAGCGAACGAUAUAAGUAAACAACAACCACUCUUUUUCUUCUCAAUUUACCGAGACCACAGCCUCAGCUAGAUCUCCACAGCCUCAGCUAGACAUCCACAGCCUCAGCUAGACCCCCAUAGCCUGAGCUAGAACUCCAUAUUCUUAGCUAGACCUUCAAAGCUUCAGCUAAACCUCCAUAGCCCCAUUUAGACCUCCACAGUCUCAGCUAGACCUCCACAAUCUCAGCUAGACCUCCACAGUCUCAGCUAGACCUCCACAAUCUCAGCUAGACCUCUACAUUCUCAGCUAGACCUCCACAGUCUCAGCUAGACCUCCGCAAUCUCAGCUAGACCUCCACAGUCUCAGCUAGACCUCCACAGUCUCAGCUAGACCUCCACAGCCUCAGCUAGACGUUCACAGUCUCAGCUAGACCUCCACAGCCUCAGCUAGACCUCCACAGCCUCAGCUAGACCUCCACAGCCUCAGCUAGACCUCCACAGCCUCAGCUAGACCUCCACAGUCUCAGCUAGACCUCCACAGUCUCAGCUAGACCUCCACAGUCUCAGCUAGACCUCCACAGUCUCAGCUAGACCUCCACAGUCUCAGCUAGACCUCCACAGUCUCAGCUAGACCUCGACAGCCUCAGCUAGACCUCGACAGCCUCAGCUAGACCUCCACAGCCUCAUCUAGACCUCCACAGCCUCAGCUAGUCCUUCACAGUCUCAGCUAGACCUCCACAGCCUCAGCUAGACCUUCACAGCCUCAGCUAGACCUCCACAGCUUCACUACUAAGACCUUCACAGCCUCAACUCUGAGUGUCCAGUUCUUAUUAUCAUAACGGAAGAGGUCAACACUGAAAUACUUGCUUCUUUAUUAUACACAUGGCCCUUGAGAUCUGACACGUUGACCGAGGCUGUUUCAACUAUUAACUGACUAAGGCUGUUCCUCUGUACACUGAAUGAUGCUGUUCCUACAUACAUUGACUGUGGCUGACUUUGCAUGACUUAUCUAUGUUGGACUACAAUCCUUCUUUACCCCCCAAACUUAUCAUCAAUAAAAGGCAUGUCUUUGUAAUGAAACCAAACAUACAAAGUUUAAACAAACUCUACACUUGUCUUAAACUCUUCAAAUCUUAUAAGGUACCUUUAUAUAAAAAAGGCCGCUAUUGUACACGAUAUCGAUUGAGAAGUGAUCGUCUCUCUCCCCGUGUUCAUAGCACGGAAUCGUGUGUCAAUCUCCCCCAUUGAAUGGCUUAAAUUGGGCAUUUGUAUGCACGGCACACUUGACAGGCCCCGCGGAAAUUUGCGUGCUAAACUCGGGGUUUUAUUAGCACAGGGCCUUGACAGGGGACCCGCUGUUGCGUGGUUACGGCUGUCAACAAUAUGGCGGGUCAUAAGGGGGGGGCGUAAUCUGAGGCUGUGUUAUCUAAGAGUGGAAUAAUUUAGUGUUUCAAGUUUAUGUGAAGUUUUUAAAUGGAUAUUUUCGUUUCAACAAAUUUCUGGUCAUAAGACUUUCUUUAGGAUGUGAAGUCAUGUUUAGGAAUUUUUUUUAGUAAUCUACAUUAAGUAGGUGCAUUUCUUUUAAUACAAAAUUUGUAAGCUGUUUUAAAGGCUUUACGCCUCAAGAUUAAAUAAAAGGAGGGGAAAAAAAAGUUUUCUUAAAGUUCAAGGAAGCCUGACCUAGAUAAGGGAACACACAUAGUUGUUGGAUUCAAGUGAACUGACGGUUUAUUGCGAAUUUUACGCUGAGGUCAGGUGUACCGGUCGAACAGACAUGGCGACAAUGUAUUAUCGCCCCUACACAUCAGAGGUGAGGAUUUGAAUACUCUGUAGUUGUUGUUAAUGUGGGAAAUGAUUGCACUGUUAUGGGAGAGAAAAAGAGGGAGAGAAGCAGAAGAGAAGGGGGGAGAGAAAGAGGGGGGAGAGAGAGCAGCUAUUCUCAAUUCCCUAUUGGUUGGCUCAGUUAAUUUUUUCCAAGUGGUAUGCAGAAAAGCUAAUAAUAUAAUUUUUUUUUUAAAUCUAAUAAUUGCACUUGUUACCAGUAAGACUUUGUACUAGUGCAAUCUUUAAACUCAACUGUUAUUGUCUUCUGAUUUUCAUUUUCUCUCGACCUUCUUCUUGUUCGCUUGCGAGAGAUAAUGACUUAUAAAUUUUAGCUGGCUUUAACAAUGUGUCACAAAAUCUGCCCAUGAUUUAACACAGUGGCGUAGCUAGGUCUGUUGUCACCCGUGCGGUACGCAACCACCCCCGCACCCCCCUCACCUACGCCACUGAUGUAACAGACACAAGAGAAGUUUAUCGACUUGUUGUAACAUACAAAAACUCAAAUAAUUCAGCAAUAAAGCAAAUAGCUUUGUGUGAUUCAGAAUGUUUCAAACAGUUUUUUUUUUUUUUUUUUUUUUUUUUUUGUGUCUCUAAUUUUUUUAUUUCUUUUUUUUUUUUUUUUUUUUUUUUUUUUUGUUUUUUUUUUUUUUUUUUUUUUUUUUUACUUUACUUUUUGUGAAAGAGUUAAAACAAGAAACAAAUAGAUCAUUGCUCCAUAACUUGUAGAUGGUUGUUGUUUCACACCGUUUUUUUUUUUUUUUUUUUUUUGUUAGUGGCUCAUAAUUCUGUACAUCAUUUAUCUUUGAAACAAUUGUUCAGUGAUUGAGAAACACGUUCGAGGAAUGGAUCAGGAGAGAUCUGGUUGUUGUUAAUGUGUCGCAACACAGUUAAGAAAUGUUGUUAUUUAUAAAGUUGUAUGACGUCAAUGUUUUGAUAUUUUCGGCUCGCCUUGAUAUAAAAGUACAUGGUCAUGAAUAGAUAUCAUAAGUUGUUUUGUUUUUUUUAUUAAUGUGUGAAUAUCCAAACAGUUUAGUUAACACUUUAUUGUGUGAAGAUUGUAUUUGUCGACAAAGAAAUGAUUGACGGAGGUUCUUUCGAACGGAAGUUUGUUCGAAUUUUUUAUUUCAGUUCACACGAUCAAAUUUUCUUCAAAUUUUCUUUUUGAACGCAAUAUACUUUAUGGUAAACAAAUUAAUGCGUUCAAAAAGAAACUUGACGAAAAUUUGAUUGUUUGAACUGGAAAAAAAAUUCGACCAAAGUUCCAUUCGACCAAACGUCCGUCCGAUAAAAUUUCCGUUCGAUCAAACUUCCGUCGAUCAAUUUUCCGUCGACGAAGUUCCUUUCAAACAAAUUUCCGAAUACGCGUGUUAACAUCAUGUCUUUACUGUGUGUAAGAUAGUGUUAACAUCAUGUCUUUACUGUGUGUAAGAUAGUGUUAACAUCACGCGCUUUACUGUGUGUAAGAUAGUGUUAACAUCACGCGCUUUACUGUGUGUAAGAUGGUGUUAACAUCACGCGCUUUACUGUGUAUAGUGUUAACAUCAUGAGCUUUACUGUGUGUAAGAUAGUGUUAACAUCAUGUGCUUUAUUGUGUGUAAGAUGGUGUUAACAUCACGCGCUUUACUGUGUGUAAGAUGGUGUUAACAUCACACGCUUUACUGUGUGUAAGAUGGUGUUAACAUCACGCGCUUUACUGUGUGUAAGAUGGUGUUAACAUCAUGUGCUUUACUGUGUGUAAGAUGGUGUUAACAUCACGCGCUUUACUGUGUGUAAGAUGGUGUUAACAUCACGAGCUUUACUGUGUGUAAGAUGGUGUUAACAUCAUGUGCUUUACUGUGUGUAAGAUGGUGUUAACAUCAUGUGAUUUACUGUGUGUAAGAUGGUGUUAACAUCACGUGCUUUACUGUGUGUAAGAUGGUGUUAACAUCACACGCUUUACUGUGUGUAAGAUGGUGUUAAAAUCACACGCUUUACUGUGUGUAAAAUGGUGCUAACAUCACGAGCUUUACUGUGUGUAAGAUGGUGUUAACAUCACACGCUUUAGUGUGUGUAAGAUGGUGUUAAAAUCACACGCUUUACUGUGUGUAAGAUGGUGUUAACAUCACGAGCUUUACUGUGUGUAAGAUGGUGUUAACAUCAUGUGCUUUUCUGUGUGUAAGAUGGUGUUAACAUCACACGCUUUACUGUGUGUAAGAUGGUGUUAACAUCAUGUGCCUUACUGUGUGUAAGAUGGUGUUAACAUCACGAGCUUUACUGUGUGUAAGAUGGUGUUAACAUCACCCGCUUUACUGUGUGUAAGAUGGUGUUAACAUCAUGAGCUUUACUGUGUGUAAGAUGGUGUUAACAUCAUGAGCUUUACUGUGUGUAAGAUGGUGUUAACAUCAUGCGUCACGCGGAUGUUGCUUUUGGAUCCAUCCAUCUUAUAAAUAUGAUGUAACUAGAAACAUAUCGUCCUAAGACAAGUAAAAUGAACAAUCAAUAACACCAUAGACUUUAAUGCUAAAGGGAACCGGAAACAGACAGGUAGUUUCAAUUUUUAUGUUUGAAUUAAAUUAAAGAAAUAUCUCUUUUGACUAUACAAACCCUCCCAUUAUUGUAUCAUAACAUCGAAACACAAACUCUUCCAUUAGUGUAUCAUUAUUUGCAACAGGAGUCAUUAGUGGGAAAGUAAAAAAUCCAAGAAGAAUCUGAAAUGGUGCACAUUUUUUUCUUAUCUGUUAUUUACCCAUACAAUAUUUCCUUUACCUGACUCAGUGAUAGAAAAUCAAUAGAAACCAUCAAUUUGAUGGCGGUCUAAGUGUGUUUAUCGACACGGCAAUCAGAGCGAUAAUUGUUUGGGAUUGAGGAACACAGUCACAACCACUUGAAGUGGUUUGCGACGAAAAAGUACUUUAUAUUACGUUUGUAAUGAGGCGGUUGGUGAAUUAGCCAGUGAGUGAAUACGUUAAGUUCAUUUCUCGAAACUAUACUGAAUGAUGUGUGAGUUUGUUAAGGAUAGAAAUAACUGCAAAAAAAAAAAAAAAAAAAGCAUUUUGAAAAAGAUAAUAGUUUUUAAAAAUAAUUCCCAAAAAAAAAAAAAAAAAAAAAAAAAAAAAAAAAAAAUUUAAAAAAAAAAAAUAAUUUUAAAAAGAAAUUCACAAAAAAAAAAAAAAAAAAAAAACCUAAGGCUCAUACUAAUGUCGUCAUCUUUAUUUUGGCAAAGAAAAUCCAAAUAUCCCCACUCCUAAGUGCUGUUGUGUAUUUGAACUAAACACAAUUGUGUGAUUCUAGAUCUUGAAGUUUCGCUUUGUUCCCCAGCCCAUUAAAGAUGGGGAGCUGCCUCCGUAUAACGCAGUAGAGUCCAUCUUGCCCGAGUACCAGUACAUCUUCGUUGACCCCAACCCGAACACCGACAGGUCAAAGAGCAAGCCGCCGCCUCCUUCUAGGCACAUCGGGCCCCCAGAGAGAGGGCCGUUCACCACUACCACCAUGGCGACGAGGUAAGUUUUCACUUUCAUUUUGAGAUGAAUCAACUGCAACGAUAAUAGUAUCAUUUCUUUACAAACGAAGGAUAACACAUAGGUGGACACACUCCAUGGUGGAACACAUAGAGAUGGACACACUCCAUGGUGGAACACUUACAGAUGACACACUCCAUGGUAGAAUACUUAUAGAUGGACACACUCCAUGGCGGAGUUUCAUAUUUUAAUUUUGGUGAAAUGUUUUUCAAAAGUUGUUUCCUGAUAUCAGAAAAAAGGAGAAGGCAAGUACCUAAGUGGAUUUUUCCACUUAGUUAUUUAUUACAAGCAAAUAGAUCCAUGACAAGAGAGGAUCUUUUUAACAAAAGAUUGAUCACGGUUACAUAAAAACUUUACAUUUUUCAAAAGCGUUAAUUUCAAAAUAAAGUGCGUACUGCGUACAUUGCUGUUUCAUCAAAGCUUCCACAACACUCACAAAAUCAGACAUACAGAUUUUUAAAUAAAACAAGAAUAGUCUACAACAAAUUUGUUUAAGAAGAGGUUUAUAUAACACUAGCCAAUGUACCCGGCUUUCCUGAAAGGUUGUAUUCGGAAAAAAACUUCUAAAGCUUUGUCAGCAUACAUUUAAAUUUAGAGCCCUGUCCAAACACUUCACAAAAGUAAAAGUCUUUUUAUUUUUAUUCUCCUAUAAAAUCCAGAUUAUCAUAAAUCUUGUAAGAAUAAUUGACUUUGGUGCCAAUCCCGUAUCAGUAGAUAAUCAAUCAGAGCACAGGCAAGAACCAUAAUUUAAAGACAAAUCUAACUUUAAUAAAAAAAAUAAAUGUUUAAUUUAAAAAAAAAAAAGAAAAAGAUCUUCAGCAAAGCCAAAUUUAUAUUUUAUCAAUUAAAAUAAGACAGGAUCCUUAUUUCAAAUGGGAUCUUUUUUUUUUAUUUAACCCUAUUAUAUGGGCACUAUAGAAAUAAUUCACAUAAAUAUACAAGUUAGUUGUUGUUUUUUCAUCACAUUACAAUCCUGAUCAUUUUUCCAAGAUGUUGCCUUUUACUACUUGAGCCCUGGGCGCUUAAAGAACUUAAUCUUUCAUGAUGUAUGGUUGAGAGUAUUUUAGGUUGGAUAAAGAACAAUCUUUGAUGACAUUUGGUUGAAAACGCCAAAUCUGUAGCGUUUUAUCUAAAAUAAUUUAUGGAGCCAGCCGUGCACAAACUAUAUGGAUAUUAGUAGUUUGAAAUCCCCCGAUAUUUUAAAGGGGAUUAGGAAACGUAUUUGCCAAGUUCGGUAAAUAUGUAAGAAUAUACGUAGAUGCUUGUAUUGUAAUCUAAACCUCUUUGUAUAGCUUUGGCUAUUAUAAUGGAAAUACAUGGUAGAAAUACUACACUCAGGAUUUUUCAAGAAACUUCAAAAAUAUCUUUGAAUCUAAUUUACAUUUUCGGAAAAUCAUAGAGACUUAUGGAAAAAUUAAAAAAAACAUAAAAAGGACAUUUACAUAAUCUUAAAACCAUUUUUUUUGUGUGCAAAAUUCGAACUUUCUAUAGAUGUAAUAAGAUAGAACUUACAUAAAGUCUUCCAUUCAAGUUAAAACAAGGGCCACGGUCGGGACCCAGUCUAAAAGGUGACGUAUUAAUUAUCACUAAGAUAGGGAUUCUCAAUAAUUAAUCAGCUAAACAGUCAAGUUAAAUAUGAAAAUUUGACCUAUUAAAAUCGGAUUAAAAAAGAAAGAGAUUAAGCGGAUAUAUAGAAAAUGAAAUUAGAGUCAAGUGCAACAUGAUGGGUUUCAAAGUUCACACAUCAUUGUUAAGUACAAUAUGAUGGCUUUCAAAGUUAAAGAUCAUUGUUUCGUACAACAUGAUGGCUUUCAAAGUUCCUAUAUCAAUGUUAUGCCUGAUUCAUUUUGUCUUUCGGAAAAAUAUAAUGCUUUGAAUACCCGUUGAAAUGUACACAAGGAAGCGAGUUCAUUAACUACUAAGUCUCUGAAAACACAAAGCGCCUAAUAAAACACAAUAUUCGGCGCGCAACAAUAAUUAGUAAAUUCCCACGGUCGAUUAGCCAUGUCAUUAUUAUUUCUGGAACAUAAUCGUUCACUGUGAUGCAUGCGCUUUCUCAGGGACACCAACGACUUGGAUCAGACACAUAUGAAUGUCUUAGAUUAUCAGAUGAGAGACCUUGACAACUACAGAACCGCUGUACAGAGAAUGGGACAAGACAUCUUAACACUGCGAACACAGGUAAAUAAGGAUUGUGUGGAGUAUGAAAACGAUACUUCAAGAUCAGUGGUUCUUAACUACGGCCUAUUGGUCCCGAGGGAGAGCCCGGGCUUAUUUCUUGUGGGGCCCUAAAUCUUUAAAUAAGAUGAGCAGUGGGUUAUAGCAGCAGGAGCCACUGAGGUAAACAAACAAAAAAAAAUUAAGUGGACCACAAGUAAAAAAUUGUUAUAGAAAUACUGAGCUGUAUUAGCGAACUUUUAUUGCCAUUUAAACACUACAUACUAAUUGUAGGUCUAUCAAAGUAAUGCAUGUGCUAUUGUAACUUUACAUAUAUUUAUUUCAUUGAUUUAAAAAAUUACUUUGAAUAUGUAAUAUUGAGGGAAAGGCUUUUUGUAAAAUUGUUUAAAAUAUUAAACCAGAUUGUGUAUGAUUUUAAGUUGGUCUUGUUUUCCAACAGAUCCGACAGCUGGAAGGGGAGAACAGCAAACUCAGGAUUGAUGUCCACCAUUAUGACGACAACCGGAAAUUGCUGAUUGAUGCGGCAGAUCUAGAUUCUCUGGCCAGGCCCGAGCUUCAGGCCAGAUAUGGUAGGGCUUUGAGAUCACGGUUCUUAAACCAAGGCAGGGAGGGCAUUGUCCAAAUUGAACUAAGAUAAGGACCUUGUCGUUGGAGAUAAAUGCAUUAGACUACAAAUCCUCAAAUGUAUUUUAGUUCAUGAUUUUAAACAGAAGAUAAUAAUAUGUCUCUGUCUCUAUCUCUUUCUCUCUAUCUAGGCUCUUUAGAUCUUUUCAACCCCUACCACUCUCUCCCCUUCUCUCUCCGUUUAUACUGUCUUUUCUACGUGUAGUCUUGAUUCCUCUGCUUACACCUCACCCUCUCUCUCUCUCUCUCUCUCUCUCUCUCUCUCUCUCUCUCUCUCUCUCUCUGAUUUUUAUCUAUUAAAAUGACGAAACAAUACAACUAAACCUUAUUUUUCACGGGAAAGAAAUUUAAAAAGUUUCACCGUCAAAUUAACUUUAUCUAUUCAAGAAAUCUAAGAAUUAAUUGAUAGUGGCGUCUCUUUACAACAGCUUCAUUGCGACAGAAACUGGCCGCCCAGACAACGGAGUUGAAAGAUUACAAGACGAAAGUACAGAAGCUACAGAACGAACUCAUAAAGGUAGACUACCCAUAACAUGUCAUCAAAAGUUUACAAUACGAUUUUACUCCCUUUCACUUUUCUUUGUUUGUGCCUAUAAUUUAGUGACAUAUUACUUGAUGCAAUAAUAUGAUUAAAUACAUUGAAAAUAAUUUAAGGUUUAAAUCUAUGAAAUGAAAAGCCAGUAGAGCCAAAAGCCCAAUGACGUCCCCCCUACUGGCCAUGAAACAAGUUAAUUUAUUAAACGGCUCUGUUUCAAAUGUACUACUUGUGUUACUGGGUGUUUUUAAAACUAAUUUUUUUUUGCGUCUCCAGAAAAAUGAUAAAGAAAAAGACUAUCUGAAGAUGUCCCACGCCCACGCCUCACAACAAGAACUGCUGCAGAGAUUACAGGACAAGGUGCAGAAAGUCAGGAAGCUGGAGGAGACCUGCAGGAAGCAAGAAAAAGUCAUAGAGAAACUUGAGGGAGUCUUGUACAAAAUGAAAGGGAAAUCUAAUAAAGGUGAGUGCCCUGCGACAGUGUGACGGUAUGAGUUGCCUGCUAAAUAUUAUUGUAGUGAGUAAUCAUAGAACUAUGAUACCUGAUUGUCCUGUGUUGUUGUCAUGGUGGUGUGACAGUACGAGUGGCCUGACUGUAACUGUAUAAGUAGCCUCAUUGUGGCAGCAUGAGUGGCCUGACUGUGACAGUAUGAGUUUCCUGACUGUGACCGUAUGAGUGGCCUGACUGUGACAGUAUGAGUGGCCUGACUGUGACAGUAUGAAUUUCCUGACUGUGGCAGUAUGAGUGGCAAGCAUGUGACUGUAUGAGUGGCCUGACUGUGACAGUAUGAGUGGCCUGCAUGUGACUGUAUGAGUGACCUGACUGUGAAAGUAUGAGUGGCCUGACUGUGACAGUAUGAGUGGCCUGCAUGUGACAGUAUUAGUGGCCUGCAUGUGACAGUAUGAGUGGCCUGACUGUGACAGUAUGAGUGGCCUGUGUGUGACAAUAUGAGUGGCCUGCGUGUGACAGUAUCAUUGGCCUGCAUGUGAUUGUAUGAGUGUCCUGACUGUGACAGUAUGAGUGGCCUGACUGUGACAGUAUGAGUAGUCUGACUGUGACAGUAUGAGUGGCCUGACUGUGACAGUAUGAGUGGCCUGACUGUGACAAUAUGAGUGGCCUGCAUGUGACAGUAUGAGUGGCUUGCAUGUGACUGUAUGAGUGGCUUGACUGUGACACUAUGAGUGGCCUGACUGUGACGGUGUGGGUGGCCUGACUGUGUAGUGGCCUGUGUGUGACAGUAUGAGUGGCCUGCGUGUGACAGUAUGAGUGGCCUGCAUGUGAUUGUAUGAGUGGCCUGACUGUGACAGUAUGAGUGGCCUGACUGUGACAGUAUGAGUGGUCUGACUGUGACAGUAUGAGUGGCCUGACUGUGACAGUAUGAGUGGCCUGACUGUGACAAUAUGAGUGGCCUGCAUGUGACAGUAUGAUUGGCUUGCAUGUGAUUGUAUGAGUGGCUUGACUGUGACACUAUGAGUGGCCUGACUGUGACAGUAUGGGUGGCCUGACUGUGACAGUAUGAGUGGCCUGCAUGUGACAGUAUGAGUGGCCUGCAUGUGACUGUAUGAGUGGCCUUUCUGUGACUGUAUGAGUGGCCUGUCUGUGACUAUGAGUGGCCUCACUAUUAUUGCUGUAGUGUUUAUUGAUUGACCCUUGUAACCUGAUUGUCCUGUGUUGUUGUCAUGUUGUGUGACUGGACGUGGUAAUUUGUUAUUGGUUGGAGGAGUGGAGUGAGCAGUCAUACGGUGUGGGGUAAAUAAAAGGAAGAACGUGAAUAAAGGUUAGUUUUUACACAAAACACAGACUUGUGUUGACAUUUUACUAUUUACAUAUUUGUUACACAGACCACACACUUGUGUUGAUAUUUUACUAUUUACAUAUUUGUUACAGAGACCACAGACUUGUGUUGAUAUUUUACUAUUUACAUAUUUGUUACACAGACCACAGACUUGUGUUGAUAUUUUACUAUUUACAUAUUUGUUACACAGACCACAGACUUGUGUUGAUAUUUUACUAUUUACAUAUUUGUUACACAGACCACAGACUUGUGUUGAUAUUCUAUUAUACUAUUAUGAUUCGCGCAGUUUUUAGGUGGGUUUUUUUUAAUGAUCAAGGCAGAUGAAAGUUACCAAUGUUUUUUUCCAUGAAAGUUUAGUGCAGCUCACUAUUUAUAGGUUCCAUAAUAAACUUUUUUUUUCUUUUUUUUAAUUUCAUAAUUUAUUUUAUUUUUUUAGUGUUACCAGGCCUUCUUUAUAUUUACAAAUAUAUAUGACAGUAUAUACUCCACCAACUUGAUUUUUUUUUUCCUUUUACCAUCAGUCUGUAAAAACAGCAAGAAUUUUAGAAAUGUACAAAUUUUAAACUUCUGGGAUUUAUGCCUGUUGUUUUUUAUUCCUUUUAGAUGGAGCCAUGAAUGACGUCAACAGUGCGUUAGCCGAUGAGAACAAACGCUUGAGAGAACAGAUUGAAGACAUGAAGGUCAGUGUUGUAGAGUUCCAGCCAAUGACACAAUUAUUAACAUAUUAUUGCGUUAUUGUUUUUCAAUCUUUAAUCAAUGCUGUACUAAAUGAUGUAAAGGCGGGUAAAUAUCUGCACGAACAGAAUGAUGGAAAUGUGCCGCUGUUGUUUGUUGUCACAGGAUCAGAUGACAAGGGCUGGGAUGGGAGGUGGUGAAGACCUGGAGAAACUAGAACUCUACCAAGCACUGGAGAGAGCUGAGGGAAGGAUUAUGUCCCUUGAAAAACAGGUGCUUGUAACAGCUUUAAUAUUACAUAGUUAAUUUUUAAACAUUGGAAAUAUUAUUAUUAUCACAAAUGACAUAAAUAUUCCGUUAACUCGUAUGUUUAAAGCUUAAUGAAGAUGUCCUUUGAGGGAAUCGAUAUUGAAGAGUUUGAUAUCAUGAGAAAUAUUUCCAUUUCAGCUUCAAGAAAAUGCUCGUAGCUGGGGUAAAGAGAAAGCUGAUCUGAGCAUUAGAAUGAAUGAAGCUGAGCAUGGAUUUGGUCGAUCUGGUGGCAUGGUUCUUCAUGAUUAUCCUGUCUUGGUCAGUAGUCUAUAAACUGUAGCCUUUAGUGAAGCAGUAAAUUUGGUAAUGCAAAUAUUUUACUAAGGAAAACUUAGGCAUUUGAAGAAAAUUUAAAAGUUAACUGUAAACUUUAAGUAAUAAAAUGUUCAUCUUAAAUGUUAAUCUUAAAUGUUAAUCUUAAAUGUAAAUUUUAAAUGUUAAUCUUAAAUAUUAAUUAAUUUAAGAUAGUUAUUCAUUGUCCUUUUUAUUUGCUCUUUAAAAUUAUAAUAUGUAAACUUUCUGCUGUACAGGACUCUGCAUAUGGAAGAUCUUUCACUGUUCCAUCAAGACUUGGUCCAUUGUUGAGAUAAUUAUGAUGAAAACUAAAUAAUCUUGGUGGAUUUUAAGAGAGGAUAUUCUCAUGCACUGCCGGGGACCGGUGUGUGUUUGAAUCUUAAUGGCUAUAGCUUAAAACAUAAUGUCAACAUAAAUUAAUUAUUCGUCAUUUUAGAGACAGGAAAUCUUAUUCAAGAUUAAAUUGAAUUGAAAAGGUUUCAAAAAUAAAUUGUUGAUCAAAUAACAUUAGAAAUGCUGUAAUGACUACUGUCCUGAAUUUAUUUUCUUCAAAAAUUUCAAGUCCUGUAGAAAUGUUUGAGCUACCUGUAGCAAAAUUGAAACAUAUUUAUGUCAAUGUUCUUUAAAUACUUCCUUGUAAAAUUAAAUACACAUAAAAACUCAUGUUAUUUUUAUCCUUUAAACAUCAUCAUCAGUUUUGUCACAGCCCAUGUAGGGCCCCUGCCUGCUCCACCCCUUUCUUCCAUUCAGAUUUAUCCAUGGCUUUCCGCCUCCAUUUAAACACAACUAUUAAACACCUUUUGGAAUUAAAUUAUGUGUUUGGAAUAACAUUUUUGAAAACUCAGGAUUUACCUGGAAAAUUAAUUUAUUUUGACAAACUUAAGAUUUAUUGUUUACAGUUUAUGCAUUCUCAUAACAUGUAUUAAUUAAUUUUGUAGUGGUAACUUAUGUUUAUGAAUAUUUAACUUGAAUUGAACUUGGACUUGGUAUAAUAAUAUUGGUGAAGCCGUUCAUUUUUAUACCAGAUCUAAGCUUGCAUCUGUUACGAUUCAUGAACUAGAAAUUCUACCAAAGUGUUGUAAAAACUUUUCUUCAAUUUAAAAAUGUGUAGUUUUACAUUAACAUCUCCAACUUUUAAAGUUGUAUAUACUGAUACCUAAUAAUUAAUGAUUUUAAAAAGUGAUUGUUGUUGUUGAGCCUUCUCGUCCAUGAGGGGCAUCCACCGAUCAUCGUCGGCGUCUGCGGUUCCUCCAAGGGCAUAGGCCACCUACGAGAGACCUCCAGGCAUCUCUAUCCUGGGCCAGCUUCUCCAGGAUCUUCCAUUCAUGGCCAAUUUUCUUGAUGUCUGUCUCCAAUUCUCGGCGCCAAGUGUUUCUUGGACGGCCUCUUUUCCGCUUACCCUGUGGGUUCCAUUUCAGGGCUUGCUUUGUUGUGUUAGAAGCAGGUUUUCUUAGUGUAUGACCAAUCCACCUCCACCGCUUCUGGAGAAUCUCUUCCUCAAUGGGUUUCUGUUUUGUCCGCUGCCACAGUUCCUGGUUGCUGAUUUUGUCUGGCCAGUGAAUUCUGAGAAUCCUUCUUAGACAGUUGUUGAUGAAGGACUGGAUUCUGGUCAGGUUUACGGCCGUUGUUCUCCAUGUCUCGGCUCCAUAUAGCAGCACAGGUUUUACCAUAGCGUUAAAAAUCCUUACUUUUAACUUGCUGCCUAAGUUGUUAGAGACCCAAACAUUCUUGAGUUGUUGGAAGGCUGCUCUUGCUUUUCCUAUCCUUAUUUUGACGUCCGCAUCUGUACCACCUUGUUUAUCUACCAUGCUGCCAAGGUAAACAAAACUGUCCACCUCCUCAAGGGCUUCUCCUUCAAGCAUAAUGGGUGAUGUACUGGUGGCAUUAACCUUGAGGAUUUUACUCUUCCCUUUGUGAAUGUUGAGACCCAUGCUAGCAGAAGUGGCUGCGACAAUGUUUGUUUUCUCCUGCAUCUGUUGUUGGGUAUGUGCAAGAAGUGCAAGAUCAUCAGCAAAGUCAAGAUCAUCCAGUUGAUCCCACAGGGUCCAUUGGAUGCCAUUUCUUUUCUGCUGUGUAGAUGUUUUCAUCACCCAGUCAAUGGCUAACAGGAAGAGGAAUGGUGACAGCAAGCAACCUUGUCUCACACCAGUCUUCACCUGGAAAGCAUCUGUCAACUGCUGGCCAUGGAUAACUCGGCAGUUUAUCCCUUCGUACAUGUUUCUGAUUAUAUCAGUAAUCUUCUGUGGCACCCCGUAAUGCCUUAGCAAUCUCCACAGGGUUUGCCUGUCAACACUGUCGAAGGCUUUUUCAUAGUCAACAAAGUUGACAUAGAGCGGCGAGUUCCACUCUAGUGACUGCUCUAGAAUGAUGCGCAGUGUCGCUAUCUGGUCCGUGCAGGAUCUGUUGGUGCGAAAGCCGGCUUGUUCGUCCCGCAACAGAGGGUCUACAGCGUUUUUCAUCCUGUUAAGUAGUACACGGUUGAAAACCUUUCCUGGGAUGGACAGCAGGGUGAUCCCUCUGUAGUUCGAGCAGGAGCUUAAGUCUCCCUUCUUUGGGAUCUUGAUAAGGUAUCCCUCUUUCCAAUCGGAAGGAACUUGCUCCUCUUCCCAUAUCUUCAUAAACAGAGGGUGUAGCAUUUCCACACUGGUUUCCAGGUCCGCCUUCAGUGCCUCUGCUGGGAUGCCAUCAGGUCCCGCAGCCUUUCCAUUUCUGAGUUGUUUAAUGGCCCUGCUAAUCUCUUCUUUGGUGGGACUAUUACAGUCAAUUAGCAGGUCAUUAUCGGCUGGUUGGAUAUCUGGUGGAUUUCUUGGUUCAGGCCUGUUCAGGAGCUCUUCAAAGUGUUCCUUCCAUCUCCCUCUCUGUUGCUCCUCACUUGGUAUGGUGUUUCCCAUUUUGUCCUUCACUGGUCUCUCUACCUUGCUAAAUUUCCCUGACAGCGUCUUAAUGUGAUUAAAACAGAUUUAUUGUAAAAGAUAAUAUUAAUUGUAUUGUAAGGCAUACAGUUAAAAAAUGAUUUAGAGUAUCCCAAAUGUGUAAUGAUGCUUGAAUUCCUCUUUCAUAAUUUUGAGCCUACCAGUGAAAUUUCGUACACAUUUCCAUUGUUGUAAUAUAUAUAAAUGUGUCAUACAAAGAGAAUGUCAGAUGUGUGGUUGAAGUAUGUGUAACGUAAAUUACAUUCAUACACAUGAUGGAGUACCCAUUUCUUAAGUGUAUAUUAUACCAGCCUCAAAAUAAAAGAAUAAAUUAUGCAGCUUUAUAAUAUAAUGUGGUCAUGGAGAAAUACUUAUGUAAUAGAUGUAACAUAUUUCCUUUUUAUUUUCAUUUGUAAAUAAUUAAAAAUAAUUAGACCAGCUCAUUUGAAAUGUGUUAGCAAUAACAGUGUUCUACAAUUUCACUCAAUAUCUUUCCCACCCAUCCAGGAAUAGAAUAUAUUUGUAUAAAUAUUAAAUAAAAUUACAAUCUAUUAAAUCAACGCUUGCCCUGUAAAGUUUAUUUAAAUUAAGGCUGCAUCGUCUAGAUUUAAAAUUGUGCAUGAAAUCACAUAGGCUGCAGGCCUAACAGUGUUGGCCCUCAGCAUUGAGUGGCGUCGCACUUGCGACAUUAAUUCAAAUUUGCACCAGUCAUUUAAACCUAAUUAAGCUUUAAUCUGUUGAGUAUAUUAAAAGCGUUGAUAAUGUAUAGGUGUAACAUAUAUCUAUAGGUGUGUCACCCCAUCUCGCUUCUUAAGUUUUCGUGUCAACAUGAAACUCCUGGCUGCCAAGAAUGAUAAUAUUGUGUUACAAAGAGUACAUAAAACAGCUGCAAGAUUUGGGUAAAACGGAUUUUUAAUAAAUAGAAAGGUACAAGAGUAGAAUUAAUACUUAUUAACUUACAAUGGUUAUGCAUAUCGACCGCUGUGAUGUUAAUUAGAGCAGAUCCUGGCUUCCAAAUUAGUUCGACACAACUGUAAAAUAACCAAACAUUGCGUAUGCCAAAU